AUGUUCCCCCGCGUGGGACGAUACUCCCCCCGUCUCCGCUCUAGCUAUAUCGAAAUUUCGAAUUACUUCCGCGGCCGACAAGCUGGGCUUAGGACUGGAUUAUUAGCUCAGGCCCCGACAUAUAGAUCUUUUCAUAAACAGUUUUGUCUCCGAGAGCAACCGCAUAUACACGCAGAGCACCGACCUUUCCUAGAGCGGUUCAAGAAAGCUGUUGAAUUCCCUCCUGCUACGCAUAAUGACUUUGAAGUAUUCUUCACCCAGGCCAGCCCUGGUCAAGAAGUUACACUUCACGGCUACCUUGGCCACCGCGCAGAUCUCUCUAAGAAACUAUCCUUCGUGCGUUUGACGGACCCAACAAUGAAACACAGCGUGCAACUAGUUUCCUUUGCCAAGAGUGGCGACGCCUUUGAGAAAGUCAGGUCAGUUAGCGCAAACAGCCCCGUGGCAGUAAGAGGCAAGGUUCAGGCCAAGAAGGCGAAAGGAGGCGAGACACUCGAAAAGAGUGAUGCUUGGGAAGUACACGUCGAAGAUUUACACUCGCUCAAUGACUUCCCGAAGAAUAUUCUCAUGACCCCGGAGACGGUGUUUGCGCCAGAGCAGCGGUACUUGCAGCUGCGUAAUGAGAGUGAGUUGCGUGAUGCAUUGCGAUUCCGUGCGCAGGUGCACAAUGUGUGUAAGGAGGAAUUGGAGCAGUGUCAACCUGCUUUUAUCGAGGUUGAAACGCCACUUCUGUUCAAGUCGACACCUGAGGGAGCAAGGGAGUUCUUGGUGCCGACGCGGAGGCGUGGACUGGCCUAUGCAUUGCCGCAGAGUCCUCAGCAAUACAAACAGAUCCUCAUGGCUAGCGGGAUCCCGAGAUACUUCCAGUUUGCACGGUGUUUCAGAGAUGAAGAUCUCCGGGCGGACAGACAGCCUGAAUUCACCCAGCUCGAUUUGGAGAUGUCCUUUGCAACUGGUGAAGACGUCAUGCACGUUGUUGAGGGGAUUGUCCGCAGGCUCUGGUCGACCCUGAUGGAUGAACCAGCACCAUCCGGCCCAUUCCGGAGACUUUUAUACGAGGAGGCCAUGAGCAAGUACGGAUCCGAUAAACCAGACACCCGAUACGGCAUGGAGAUCUCCCGGAUCGACUACCUUCUCCCCGUCGACCUAGUCAGCAAAAUCACCCCAAUUCUCAACCCAUACGUCGAGGUCUUCAAAAUCGAAAAUAACGAAAACGACCCGGCCGCCAUGACCAAAUUCAUCACUGAAUUCCUAGACUCCCCCGCCGGCGCUCCCUUCAACAACAACCCAGACGGCGCCCCCGGAAUCUUCAUCUACGACGCCAAGAAACCCCUCUGCGGCCUGCAACCCUUCGGUUUCGAAGCAGCCGAGCAUAUCGAAAACGCUCUCGACGCAGACCACGGCGACCUCAUCGUGAUCCAAGCCCGCGAAGCAGUCCCCUUCACCGGCGGCUCAACGGCAAUCGGCGAUCUGCGUCGCGCUCUGCACACCGCCGCUGUAUCCUCCGGCUUCAAACCAGCCCCCAUGGGCUUCGAGUUCCUCUGGAUCACCGACUUCCCCCUCUUCUCCCCCUCUUCAGAUACGGAGCCGGGCCAGGGUGGCGCAGCAGGCAUUUCUUCAACCCACCAUCCCUUCACUGCUCCCAAGACCGCCGCCGACGUCGACAAACUCCUAUCUGACCCUACGGAAGCGAUCGCAGACCACUACGAUCUCGUCGUCAACGGCGUCGAGCUUGGCGGUGGUAGUCGCCGUAUCCACGACGCCGCUGUGCAGGAGUUCAUCCUGCGAGAUAUUCUGCAGAUGCGGCCGGAGCGGUUAGCAGACUUUGAGCACCUGCUUGACGCGCUUAGGGCUGGGUGUCCGCCGCAUGCAGGGUUGGCGCUGGGGUUUGAUCGGUUGGUGGCGGUUAUGUUGGGGAAGGAGAGCGUUAGGGAUGUCAUUGCUUUCCCGAAGACUGGGAAGGGAGGGGAGGAUGCCAUGGUAAGGGCGCCGAGUGAGAUGAGUGAGGAGGCGUUGGAGACGUAUCAUUUGAGGUUAAGGGAGUGA